AUGACAACAGCUUGUAAUAGUAGAACGCCAUAUUUCGAUUGUCUAAUUCAGACAGACAAAGACAAAAAGGUCCGUGCUGUCCGUUUUGAUCCUUCCAAAAGAGUCAACUUGCAACAAGCAUAUCAACAAAAGUCACCUAUGAAAAUUUAUGGCAACAAGAAGAGUUCAAGCACAAGUUUUUCCAACAAUCAGGAUCAGUAUAAAAUCCUGAAGCAAGCAAAAAUCUCGCCCACAUCAACACAUUUUGAGUACAAUGCUGAGAUUGGCUCAUCCCUGCUAACAGUAAAACAAGCUCUCAGUAGAUCUCUACAAGAACGUUGA